AUGAGCGAUGGUCCUGUCGUCAGUGGUCAACUAAAGAAAUUUGUAUUUCGUGGAAAAUCCCUCAACAACGGGGACACUCGAGGUGAUUAUUUGGAAAUAGUAAUACCCGAACUGUUAUCUGCGGGCUAUUCAUUCUACACGUGGCCGUCUGCUCCGCUAUUAGCUUGGUACCUGUGGAGUCAGCGAAAAAAUCUACGUGGACUACGAAUAUUGGAACUUGGAUGCGGAACUGGACUCCCCGGUAUUUUAGCUGCAAAGUGUGGUGCUCACGUGACUCUCUCAGACAGCGUUGCUCUCCCGCGAUCGCUGCAUCACUUAUCGGGUUGCUGUGAAGCAAAUGGUCUUAUUCCAGGUCGUGAUGUUCAAAUAUUAGGGCUAGCUUGGGGCCUAUUUUUAGCGGAUGUGCACAACUUACGUCCAGUAGACUUAAUAUUAGCUUCAGACUGCUUUUACGAACCCUCACAAUUCGAAGAGGUAUUAUCUACCGUUGCUUAUUUGCUUGACGGUACUGACUCUAGAUUUUUGUGUGCUUACCAGGAGCGGAGCACGGACUGGUCCAUUGAGGCUCUUCUGCAGAAGUGGGGCUUAAAAGGCGCAUUACUCGACUUGGAUUCCUUAAGUGAGAGUUCUGGUAUAGAUUAUAGAGCACUAGUUGGUGAUCGUUCAUUACAUUUACUAGAAAUUGUUGCAGUGUAG